UGUGGGUGGGGUCCUCGCCAUCGGAGAAGCUCCACUCCAGGGAGGGGCUGCUCAGGUUCUGCUGCCUGUCCGUUCCCCGCUGACGGAUCAGUCGAGGCUGCGGCACAAAGAGGCGUUUGUGUCUUACCUGGGGUUUUGUCCUGCGAGGCAAAGCUGAUCCACAGCAGGAAACAGGCCAAGGUUAGUGAAAGAUCUGCUGCUGCAGCAGCGGCGGCGGCGGCGGCGGUGGAUAAGAGGAUUAUCGUGGAAUUAGUGUCAGAUUGGUAUCGAUUUUAAUCAGAGAUUGAAAGAUGCACAGAAGUGCAGAUAAAACAUCCACAGACAGACGGACACACACACUGUGGACGCAGGCCAGGACGUGAAGGUUCCUGCAGAGGAACAUGGGUUUGUCUUCACUGUGUGGUUGUGGAAGCUUCAGGGUCUGCAGAGACCUGGACCUGGACUUGGACCUGGUCAUGAUGCCGCUGCUGCCGUGUCUGCUGUGGUGGAGGAAGAACCUGUGAAACAUGAACGUGGGCUUGCUGCUUCUGGCUCUGGCCGACCUCGUUGCCACGGCGACCGGAGGAGGACACAGCUCUGGACGUAGGAAGCACAAGGAGGUUUUUCUGGAGGAGAACAGCAGGUUCAAGUUUGGAGGACGCAUUGACUACAAGCUGAAGAGACAGGACAGCACCAAAACACUGCUUAUAAAGAGUGAGCAGCUGCUGAGAAUCGAGGAGCACGACUUCGCCAUGAGACCAGGCUUCGGAGGCGCCGCCAUUCCUGUGGGCAUCGACGUCCAGGUGGAAAGCAUCGACAGCAUCUCUGAGGUCAACAUGGACUUCACCAUGACCCUCUACCUGCGUCACUACUGGAAAGACGAGCGGUUGGCGUUUCCGUCGCGCAACAACCAGAGCAGGACGUUUGACUCUCGCCUGGUGAAGAAGAUCUGGGUCCCCGACGUCUUCUUCGUCCACUCCAAACGCUCCUUCAUCCACGACACCACCAUGGAGAACAUCAUGCUGCGGGUUUACCCCGACGGGAACAUCCUCUACAGCGUCAGGGUCACUGUUACAGCUCUCUGCUCGAUGGACUUCAGCAGCUUCCCACUGGAUGCACAGAACUGCUCACUGGAGCUGGAGAGCUACGCCUACAAUGAGAACGACCUGAUGCUUUACUGGAAGAACGGGAACGACUCUCUGAGGACGGACGAGAUCGUCCUGUCUCAGUUCUUCAUUGAACAUUUUCAGGCAUCCAGUGGCCUGGCUUUCUACAGCAGCACAGGUUGGUACAAUCGCCUGUUCAUUAACUUCAUCCUGCAGAGGCACAUCUUCUUCUUCAUGCUGCAGACGUACUUCCCCACCAUGCUGAUGGUCGUGUUGUCCUGGGUCUCCUUCUGGAUCGACAGGAGAGCCGUUCCCGCUCGAGUCUCUCUGGGAAUCACCACAGUUCUCACCAUGUCCACCAUCAUCACAGGAGUCUCCGCCUCCAUGCCGCAGGUGUCAUACGUGAAAGCCGUGGACAUUUACCUGUGGACCAGCUUCCUGUUUGUCUUCCUGUCCGUCAUUGAAUACGCAGCCGUGAACUACUGCACCACACUGGAGGAGAUGAGGAAGAUGAAGAGGGGAAAGAUCCCGUCCUCCUUCACUGCUAGCCAGGCGAUGGCGUUCGACGGCUGUUUCCACGACAACGACGUCGAGAUGACGCCGUUCCCGCACAUGGCGCCCACGCUGACCUCCGACCCUCUCACCACUCCAACUCAGAGCGUGGACGUUCGCCCCCCGAUGGCAGGAACUCGCUUGCGGAGGCAGCGGUCGGUGCGGGAAAACGUGGACCUGCUGGUCAACAACAGCUACAUGAUCGACUCGUACUCCCGCCUGGCGUUUCCUCUGUCCUAUCUGCUCUUCAACGGCAUCUACUGGAGCCUGUACUCGUGAUGUAAACACAGAGAAUGACACUGCGUUCCAUUUACAUCGCAAGUCACAACUCGGAGUGACAUCACAUUCCAGUUGAAAAGUCAGAAAAAAUUUUAGACUAGCAAUCAUUGACAAACAUCGUACAAACAUCAUGGAAACAACCUAGAAACAUUGUACAAACAUCAUAGAAAUGUCGUACAAACAUCGUACAAACAUCGCAGAUGGUUAAAAAUAAAAACAUUACAAUGUGUACAUUUGAUUUAUCGUUAAACAAAUAUGAAGUGCGAUUAAUUAAGAUGGCAGUCAUCUUGGAAUCCCAUGUCGAGGUUCGUGACGUUUCUCCAAGUUUCCCAGAUAUUGUGAUUUCCGACUACAAAUGGAACGCAGCGUCAGUGAAUGAACGCUCACUCUCUGCCUCCUCUCCAUCACUCAUCGUUGUCACUCAUCGUUGUCUUUGUCUCAGAGAUUACGA